CAGGGAAGUUCUCCUCCCACGAAAGGGGCAGUGCGCGCGAGCCUCUCUAGAGCCCCGUGAUCGAGGGCGAGCCCUGCGGAGGUCGUGCGGGCAGAGAAGACUCAGCGAGCCCGGCAGGACAAACAUGGUGGUCCUACAUUAUUAUCAACGCCCCAGCGAGGCCGACAGUGGUCUCAACAGUCUUCUGCACUCUGCCCAAACAAUCGUGGGCAAUGGCGUCGAAGCGGUUCAGAAGGAGCUGUGCUUCAACGUUAACUGGACAGGAAGGAUACUCCCAAACUCCCAGGAGAUGGAGAUGUUGCAGUGGGUCUUUGGAUGUCCAUUCGAACAAGGUGACAUCGCAACCAAGUCUUUCCUCGACCCACGUCCGUCUGAUCUGCUGGUAGAGAUUGGUCCCCGGUUGAAUUUCUCUACAGCAUAUUCCACUAAUGCUGUCUCAGUGUGCCUGGCGGCUGGGUUAGAAAACAUUGACCGGGUUGAGUGUUCUCGGCGCUACCUUUUCAAGUGUGACCAACAGCCCUCAUCAGCCCAGGAGGCACAGCUAAUAGCCUCACUCUAUGAUCGGAUGACGGAGCAGAGCUACCCCGAACCCAUCAACAGUUUUGCUGUAGCUACCUGCCCUGAAGCAGUGUUCCACGUUGAUAUUCUAGGAGAAGGAAGACCUGCUCUUGCCAAGGCCAACAACCAGCUUGGUCUGGCUUUUGAUUCCUGGGACCUGGACUUCUAUACUGCUCUCUUCCAAAAACUGGGCAGAAACCCCACCAGUGUAGAAUGCUUUGACCUUGCUCAAUCAAACAGUGAACACAGCCGGCAUUGGUUCUUCAAAGGGCGUCUCCUAGUGGAUGGGGAAGAAAGGAAGGAAUCACUUUUCGAGUCUAUCAUGAAAACUCAAGAACGCAGCAACCCCAACAACGUCAUCAAGUUCUGCGACAACAGCAGUGCAAUCCAAGGUAGAGAAGUCCUUUCACUCUGGCCCAGUGACCCAUCCAAAGCCAGCCCCUUUGAGAAGCGGACGUCCACCCGACAUGGCAUCUUCACAGCUGAAACCCACAACUUUCCCACAGGAGUUGCCCCAUUCAGUGGCGCCACUACUGGGACAGGGGGGCGAAUCCGGGAUGUGCAGUGCACAGGUCGUGGGGCUCAUGUAAUUGCUGGCACCGCCGGGUACAGUUUUGGCAAUCUGCAUAUCCCAGGAUACCCAUUACCUUGGGAAGAUGCAUCUUUCGUAUAUCCUGACAACUUUGCCCGGCCGGUGGAAGUGGCCAUUGGGGCCAGCGAUGGGGCUUCGGACUACGGCAACAAAUUUGGGGAACCCGUUCUGGCAGGGUUCGCACGUUCCUUUGGGAUGCGCCUGGUGGACGGAGAGCGGCACGAAUGGAUCAAGCCCAUCAUGUUCAGCGGAGGCAUUGGCGCAAUCGAAGAUAUGCACGUGCGCAAGGAAGCUCCCCAGCCUGGGAUGGAUGUUGUCAAGGUUGGAGGCCCCGUCUACCGAAUUGGUGUGGGGGGAGGAGCUGCUUCUUCUAUCCAGGUGCAAGGCGACAAUGCCAGUGAGCUGGAUUUUGGGGCAGUGCAACGCGGUGAUGCCGAGAUGGAGCAGAAGAUGAAUCGGGUGCUUCGGGGUUGUGUAGAGAGUGGCGAGAACAACCCCAUCUGCAGUUUGCACGAUCAGGGUGCCGGAGGCAAUGGGAAUGUGUUGAAGGAGUUGAGCGAGCCUGCUGGAGCCACUAUAUAUUCAAGCCGUUUCCAGCUGGGAGAUCCCACGUUGAGUGUUCUGGAAAUCUGGGGGGCUGAGUACCAAGAAUCAAACGCUCUCCUGCUUCACCCGCGCCAUGCUGAUUUUCUACAACGGCUGGCUUGCCGUGAAAGAUGCCCUGUGGACUUCGUAGGCAGGAUUACAGGCGAUGGAAAGAUUGUGCUGGUGGAUGACACGAAGUCUCCAGCAAGUCAGGCAGAGGUGGACAAGGGGGAGACGGGAGAAAGGGACACUCCUGUGAAUCUGAAACUGGAAUGGGUUCUUGGCAAGAUGCCACGCAAGGAAUUUGUUUUGAACCGCAUGAACCGAGCCCUUCGUCCUCUGGAUCUUCCUAGCGCCCUGAGCGUGGUGGACGCCCUUCAACUCGUCCUGAAGCUCCCAGCUGUGGCUAGUAAGCGUUACCUGACAAAUAAGGUCGAUCGUUCGGUGACAGGGCUGGUGGCCCAGCAACAGUGUGUCGGUCCCCUGCACACACCCCUGGCAGAUGUGGCUGUAGUCGCCCUUUCCCCUUUUGAAACGGUGGGAGGAGCCACUGCUCUUGGGGAACAGCCAAUCAAAGGGCUUAUAAACCCUGCAGCUGGUGCCCGAUUGGCUGUGGGAGAAGCCCUCACCAAUCUGGUCUUUGCUCGUGUCACCGAUCUGAAGGACGUGAAGUGCAGCGGCAACUGGAUGUGGCCAGCCAAGCUCCCAGGCGAGGGGGCGGCCCUGGCAGAAGCCUGCAGCGCCAUGUGCUCCGUCAUGGGGGAGCUGGGUGUGGCAGUGGACGGCGGGAAGGACUCGCUCAGCAUGGCAGCCCGUGUUGGCACAGAAACGGUCAAGGCGCCUGGAACACUGGUCAUCUCAGCUUACGCAGUCUGUCCUGAUAUCACAGCCACAGUCACCCCUGACCUCAAAUGCCCAGAUGGGAAAGGUAAGAUGAAGAAGUGUUGAGAAUGUCAAACAUU